AAGAAAUUUAUGGACAAUUUAACCGAAACCUCGUUAAUUAAAGGAUGAUUUAAUCGAUAGUUAGCUUGUAGGGGAAUGUAUGAAAUCAAGACCCCCUUUUAUAAGUAUUGUAGCAUUGCACUCCUCAGAUGAACAAUGUUUUAUAUACAGCUCUAUGGAAGCAUCUAUAAAUACCAAAUGAGAUGAUCUUACCAACGCGAGUCGUCGACGAAAAACGUUUCAAAGCGUUUGUCGCAUAGAUCAACUUAUAACUGUAAAUUAUAACAAACGCCAUUAUUGAAGAAGACUAAGCAAAACAUAGUUAUUAUAAUAAAAGAGUCGAGUAAUAAGCAUAAGUAGUACUAUUUGUAAUAUAUAGUAUUCAUUAGUUUCGAUAAAUUUACCUCGUCGAUUUUUUAUAUUUAGUCACGGUGCGAAAUCAAUAAAAAUCUUAAAACGAGUAUACGGUACAUAGUUAACAUUUAGUGGAUCGCUGAUGCGUUGCACACGUAGAGUAAAAUUUGUCAGGGGCUUCCACAGAAUCGCAAUCGCAUAAGUGACCAUAUGUAUGAACAAGUUUUAUUUGCUUUACAAUUAGAUGCUUAAUUAUCACCUGUAGUUUAAAUAUAAUAUUUCCACGUAAACGCUGUCGGAUAUAAAAACAAAGUGCAUUUCCUUACCGGAUGUCAGUGAAGUGGUGACUAUUGCCCUUUGCAUUUUGGAAGAAAAUCUGUGUAAAGGCAUAAUAACAUUAUAAGAGUUCAAUUUGUAUGAUUUAUUGAUUGAUACUGAUUUAACAAAAUGAACAGAAAUAUAUUGUUGGUUUUCUUAAUCCUUGUUGUGUAUUCUGCAUUGGUGCACGGUGAAAAUUCGUUAAAAUCUGAAGGACGACAGUCGUUGCAAAGAAGUCAUAAUACAGACUUACAGUUCGAAGCAAGAACAAGGAAAUAUCAUCAUCAUAAAUUAUGGUACCUUUGGGGUUGGCACGCGCUGGCUAUUGCCUAUUGGGUUAAAGUGAAACUUAUCGUUGUAGGCUUCUUCGUUGGUAGUGCGAUAUUCGUAGCUUUGCGAUAUGCCUGGCCUCAUAAAUGUUCUACCGGUAUUGUUCAUGACUCCCCCACAAUUGUUUACGAUCACCCGCCACCUGCAUUUGUUAACGAUCAUGUGCCUUAUUCCUUCGAUCAUUCACCACAAUUCGACAAUUCAUUUUCCAAUUCAGAAUCUGUAGAUCCUUAUUCUGCCUACGCUGGUUCUUAUUCCCAAGAUAUUACAACUACUGCAGAAGUGGUACCGCCAACGGCACAAGACCUUCACCGGAUCGGUCGUAGGAGUGUGAACUACUCCACAAGAGUGAAACGUCAACAACAAACGCAAUCUGAAUCUUUAAGAAAAAUUGAGGAGAGAAUUGCCGAAUUGAUGUUUGACUUCUUAGGCUUGGAUUCAACAGCAUGUCGACAACGUUUCAUCUGUGAGAUGGAGUUUCGCUCACGGCUUAAUCCACUUAGCGGUAUGGCUUUUCGAAUUUUAGGUCGUGGCUUUUUUGAAAAAUAUAUGAAUGCACGCAAUAAACUUGGUCGGGCAAAAUCAUUCACUGAAUGCUCUGAGGUUAACCCAGAGUGUAAAUUUAUAGAGCAAAAUUACUCAGAUCCAGUAUCUCCUGAAAUAGGAAAUUCAGAAGAAUCCAGCGGUGCUGCUGCCACUCAAGUUAAAAAUGAAAUUAUAGGCAGUUCAGAAGAAAAUCAAAAGAGGUUUAAUAACCCUAGCAUUACUGUGGAAAUUCAAAAUCAAGGGAAUUUACAAGCAGAACGUAGGUAUAUAAAAUACCUUAGAUAUAGUAAUCUAGAUGGCUCAAAAAAGAUUUAAACGAGGCUUGGUUUAAACUGAAUUCCCGAGUGUACAAGCAACACUUAAUAAAUUUAUAUACUUACAUAUAUCAAUUUGUACUGGUAGUUCACUAAACUAAAAAGAUAAUUUAUUUAUGUUUUUUAUAUAUAAUUAUAAAAAUUGUAGGUAUGUGUAUAUAUAAUAUUUGUUAUCAAGAGCUAAAACUCAUAUUUCGUAGCUAAGCAGUACUUUAUUUUAUUAAUGAAAAACGAUAAGUGGUUUGAUCUAAAUAAUUUAUUUCGUCGUGUAGCUUUAUCUUUAUGCAGUGGAUAAUAAAUUUAAAAUACUUAA